CUCUAUUGAGGAAAACCAACCAACCAAUCAGUCGUCAAAAUGGUUAACAAAGCGGUCAUCCCGUUCCUGGUCACGAUGAUGCUCGUGACUGGGGUGUGUAAUACGAUUUUGAAUAAAUAUCAGGUGGGUUGCAUCUUUGCAUAUAUGGGGGACGGAGUUGGGGGGAGUGGUGGAUGGCUGACGCAUGGUGCUGUGUAGGAUAUGCAAUGUGUGAGGAAUUGUGAUGAUCCUGAUCCGGCGGAGAGGAGGUUGUUUGAGCAGCCUGUGAUUCAGACGUGAGCUUCUCUUAUCCCUGCUUUAUUUUCUAUAUGCUGAUACGAGAAGUAUUCAAAUGUUCGUGGGUGAAUCCGGAAGCUGGCUCGUCGUCUUCCUGGCCUGGGUCUACAGACAAUGCAUCGCCCCCCGCUUUUCAAACAAUACAACCCCAUUACUCGCCGGCGGCUACAACCCCGUGCAUAAUGAUGACCGACUCGACGACGACGGAGAGGAGGACCAGACCAUCAGCGGACCCGACUACGCAGACGACCCGUCCAAACCGCUGGACGACGGACGGGUCAAACUCGAGGGCCGCAGAAUCUUCCUCCUCGCGGCGCCCGCCUGCUGCGACAUCGCCGGAACGACCCUCAUGAACGUGGGUCUCCUGUUCGUAGCCGCCAGCAUCUACCAGAUGACCCGCGGAGCACUGGUGCUCUUCGUCGGGCUCUUCAGCGUCAUCUUUCUGCACCGCAGACUCCACGUGUACCAGUGGAGCGCGCUCUUCGUCGUGGUCCUCGGCGUGGCCCUGGUCGGUCUCGCGGGGGCGCUCUUCGGCGACGCUCCGAACCACGAGGCCAGCCAGGACAGCACACCCAUGGUGAUGGUCAGGACCGUCGCGAUGGAGGCCCGCGCCGUGGCGCAGACGCCCGAGGCGGUCAAGACUAUCAUCGGCGUGCUGCUGAUCGCAGCCGCGCAGAUCUUCACGGCGUCGCAGUUCGUGCUCGAGGAGUGGAUCCUCGAGAACUACGCCAUGGACCCGCUCCGCGUCGUCGGUUGGGAGGGCGUCUUUGGCUUCAGCGUUACGGUCGUGGCGUCGAUUAUCAUGCAUUUGUUCGUGGGCCAGACGCCCGCAGGACGAUAUGGAUAUUUCGACGCACGAGAGGGCUGGUCUGAGGUUUUCCAUAACCGGACGGUGGCUAUGAGUAGUUUUCUCAUCAUGAUUAGUAUUGGGUAUGCUUUCCCUCCUCUCUUCACUUUCUCUUCCCCUACUAAUAUCUAACCAGCGGAUUCAACUUCUUCGGCCUCUCCGUCACGCACUGCAUCUCCGCCACCUCGCGCAGCACAAUCGACACCUGCCGCACGCUGUUCAUCUGGC